AAACGUGAUUCCCCAUCUCGAGAUGAUGGACACUCAAAGCAUCACCAUCAUAAAACCCACAAAAAAAGACAUCGGCGCUCACGCAGUCACUCUUUCUCAGGUUCUCUGUCACCGAUUGGGAGGAGGAAUCCAGUUGUGUAUAUGAAUCCUGCUUUUCAGUCUACAUACAGCAAUUCGGGAGUCUCGACGCAGUCAGAUUUUGAAUUGCGUGCCACUUUGAUUAGUCAGCUGUCCGCAAGUGAACAACGAAUAAGCUCCUUGGAAUCGGAGCUAAGAGCUGCGCAGUUAGCCCGUGGACGAGCUGAGCAAACUGUAUUCGAUGUAAACGCAGAGAAAUUACGUUUGGAAGCACAAAAUUCUGAGAUUUUACAGGUGAUGAAGACACUUGAGCGUGCAGUGGAAGAUUUGCAAAAAACAUGUGGUGGUUUGAGAGUAGAAUGUGAUCGGCGCCGAAGAGAUGCAGAAAAUAGUGAGAAAACUAUCAUAUCAUGCAAGGAGCAGAAUAAGUUUUUGAAUGAAAGGAAUAUGAAACUUGUGAAGAAAUGCGAAGAGCUGUGUGAAGAGAAUAAGGCUUUUCUUAACAGGCGUGAUGAAUCGACAAAGGAACUGGCUGAAAUUCGACCACGAUUCGAAGGAUUGCAGGGUGAGCUAAGGCAAAGAGUUGAAGAGGGCAGAAAAAUGAUGGCGCAGUUGAGAAGCUAUGAAGAAAAAGAACGAAUAUGGAAGAAGGAAAAGGCAGACCUGGAAAAACGAAUUGAGAUUAAGGAUGCAAUGGCAGCAGCAGAAAGAAAGAAUAAUGAUGAGUGGAAAAAGCGUCAUCUUGCAGAAAAAGCUGAAUUGGAACGGAAAGUAAAACUUGCUGAACCCGAAAUACGCCGUGCACUCGAUGCCGAAACAAUAAAGAACGCAAUAGAAGACAUUCGGGCAUUUUACGAGCAGAAACUGGAGCUAACAUUGAAUGAGAUAAAUACGUUCAAAAUGAAUCAUUCAAAAAGUGCAGCAGUGUCAUCUUCGUCUUCUUCCGCUAACCUCCAAAAAUGUCGUGCGAUGUCGGCACCCCCAGUUUGUUGUAUACCAUCUUCCAAUGCCCACCUUUCGAAUGGUCGCCCCUCUGUUUCGUCUGAUUUCGUUAUGAAAAUACAUUCUUCACCAUCUAGUUCAUUCAUUGAUAAUGAUAAAAUCGAUAAUGAUAGUAGCAGCCAAUUUUAG